AAACUCCAGUGACCCAGGUUACCCAACCGGAAAAUCCGGAGCAAGAAAGGGCCCCACCCAGAAAACGAUCAUUCAUCAAAACGACGAAAGCCCGGGAUUGCAUUCAUUGAUUCUCUCUUUGACCCACCACGCGAAGAAAAACAAUCUAUUACCAAUGUCUUCUUCUGUCAACAACUAUUCGCAACCGUCGUAGAAUCACCACCACCCCUUUAAACCCGUCGUUCACUCUAUAUAAACCCGAAUAUCAAUCAAUCAGAGACAGACCGAUUGGAUGUUGGGAACCCACAUUCACAUCACCUACUACUGUUGUCGACAACUCUCAUGUUUCUUUCUUUCUGUUCGGUCAAUCACAUUCUUCAGCUUUCAAUCGCUAAACCCAUGCACGGAUUCCUGAAACCAGUACAGUGAGGAGAGAGAGAAGAAAAAGGCGACAAACAACAAAGAAACGAACGAAGUCAGUCGUCAUUAUUGUAUCUUCUCGCACUCGCAAUCAUUAAUUUCUUUUAUAUAAACACUCUGUGACUGAACAAAACAGAGAGUGAGAGUAACAUGGAUGAGAGGCCAGAGACUGAGCUAAUUUCCAUUCCAGCGACGCCUAGGGUGUCUACGCCGGAGAUACAGACGCCGUCGGGGCAGAGAUCGCCGAGACCCACCUCGAACAGAGAGGGGAAGUCGUCCACGGCAUGGACGCCAACUUCGUUUAUAUCUCCGAGAUUUUUAAGUCCAAUAGGGACGCCAAUGAAGAGGGUUUUGGUCAACAUGAAGGGUUACUUGGAGGAGGUCGGUCAUCUCACGAAGCUCAAUCCACAGGACGCUUGGUUACCCAUCACGGAAUCUCGCAACGGGAACGCUCACUACGCUGCGUUUCACAAUCUCAAUGCUGGUGUUGGGUUCCAAGCCUUGAUUUUGCCUGUUGCCUUUUCUUUUCUUGGCUGGAGUUGGGGAAUAUUGUCCUUAACGAUAGCUUAUUGCUGGCAACUUUACACAUUGUGGAUUUUAGUCCAGCUACAUGAAGCUGUUCCUGGGAAGAGGUACAACCGAUAUGUGGAGCUUGCACAAGCUGCAUUUGGGGAAAAAUUAGGCCUUUGGCUUGCUCUCUUCCCUACUGUUUAUUUGUCUGCGGGAACUGCAACUGCUCUAAUCCUUAUAGGAGGGGAGACUAUGAAACUAUUCUUCCAGAUAGUUUGUGGGCCCCUUUGUUCAUCAAAUCCUCUAACAACAGUGGAAUGGUAUCUGGUGUUCACUUCUCUAUGCAUCGUUCUGUCUCAGCUCCCAAACCUCAAUUCCAUUGCAGGUCUCUCACUAGUGGGGGCUGUGACAGCAAUCACCUACUCCACAAUGGUAUGGGUACUCUCCGUUAGCCAACAAAGGCCAUCCUCGAUCUCUUAUGAACCCAUUUCAUUGCCCUCGUUCUCUGCCUCGGUCUUUUCAGCCUUGAAUGCACUUGGAAUUGUUGCCUUUGCAUUCAGAGGCCACAAUUUAGCGAUGGAGAUUCAGGCAACAAUGCCAUCAACCAUCAAGCACCCAGCUCAUGUUCCUAUGUGGAGAGGAGCCAAAGUUGCUUAUUUCUUCAUUGCCAUGUGCGUGUUCCCCAUUGCCAUUGGAGGUUUUUGGGCUUAUGGAAACCUUAUGCCUUCAGGCGGGAUGCUUAGUGCAUUAUAUGCAUUUCAUAUUCACGACAUUCCCCGAGGACUUCUUGCGAUGACAUUUCUCCUAGUUGUGUUCAAUUGCUUAAGCAGCUUCCAAAUAUACUCCAUGCCCGUAUUCGACAGCUUUGAAGCUAGUUACACCAGCCGUACAAACAGGCCAUGCUCGAUCUGGGUACGAUCUGGUUUCCGAGUGUUCUACGGAUUCAUCUCCUUCUUCAUAGGUGUGGCAUUGCCGUUCCUAUCCAGUCUUGCUGGUCUGUUGGGAGGACUAACCCUUCCUGUCACAUUUGCUUACCCUUGCUUCAUGUGGGUUCUCAUAAAAAGACCCACCAAGUUCAGCUUCAAUUGGUAUUUCAAUUGGAUCCUGGGUUGGUUGGGAGUUGCAUUUAGUUUGGCCUUUUCAAUAGGAGGCAUCUGGAGCAUGGUCAACAGUGGACUUACACUGAAAUUCUUCAAGCCCAACUAAGAUCUGGAGUUGGAUCAAAGUGCCCUUUGGGUUAUUUAAGAUAAUGUUUUUGUAGUUGAAGCACUGAUGGUAAAGCGUAUUGUGCUUAUAAUCCUUAUGAUAUUGUUAGUCUUGUUAUAAUGAUUUGUAAUGUUUUGCAACUCAAUCCCAUCCAACCUUGUUUCCUCAAAUAUAAUCCUGAUGAUAUUGUUAGUUCAA